UUGUUCCUGUUCUGCAGGGUCUUCGUGGUUCUGAGAAUGUUCGGGGCCAAGCUCUUGCCGCGGGUCCCACUGGGCCACUCUGGCUGGCCGACUUUCUCUGCUCAUUCUGCCUCCUUCUGCUAAGUUUCCAUAUUUGGGUAUUUCAGAUUUACUUUCAUGAGAACUCAGUUAUCUCGCUGUGGCACCAGGCGAGCGUUGAGAAUGGCUUAUUCAGAAGAACAUAGAGGUAUGCCCUGUGGUUUCAUCCGCCAGAAUUCCGGCAACUCCAUUUCCUUGGACUUCGAGCCCAAUAUAGAGUACCAGUUUGUGGAGCGGUUGGAAGAGCGCUACAAAUGUGCCUUCUGCCGCUCGGUGCUUCACAACCCCCACCAGACAGGAUGUGGGCACCGCUUCUGCCAGCACUGCAUCCUGUCCCUGAGAGAAUUAAACACAGUGCCAAUCUGCCCUGUAGACAAAGAGGUCAUCAAAUCUCAGGAGGUUUUUAAAGACAAUUGCUGCAAAAGAGAAGUCCUCAACUUGUAUGUAUAUUGCAGCAAUGCUCCUGGAUGUAAUGCCAAGGUUAUUCUGGGCCGGUACCAGGAUCACCUUCAGCAGUGCUUAUUUCAAGCUGUGCAGUGUUCUAAUGAGAACUGCCAGGAACCAGUCCUACGGAAAGACCUGAAAGAGCAUUUGAGUGCAUACUGUCAGUUUCGAGAGGAAAAAUGCCUUUAUUGCAAAAAGGAUGUGGUAGUCAUCAAUCUACAGAAUCAUGAGGAAAACUUGUGUCCUGAAUACCCAGUAUUUUGUCCCAACAAUUGUGCGAAGAUUAUUCUAAAAACUGAGGUGGAUGAACACCUGGCUGUAUGUCCUGAAGCUGAGCAAGACUGUCCUUUUAAGCACUAUGGCUGUGCUGUAACGGAUAAACGGAGGAACCUGCAGGAACAUGAGCAUUCAGCCUUACGGGAGCACAUGCGUUUGGUUUUAGAAAAGAACGUCCAAUUAGAAGAACAGAUUUCUGAUUUACAUAAGAGCCUAGAACAGAAAGAAAGUAAAAUCCAGCAGCUAGCAGAAACUAUAAAGAAACUUGAAAAGGAGUUCAAGCAGUUUGCACAGUUGUUUGGCAAAAAUGGAAGCUUCCUCCCAAACAUCCAGGUUUUUGCCAGUCACAUUGACAAGUCAGCUUGGCUAGAAGCUCAAGUGCAUCAAUUAUUACAAAUGGUUAACCAGCAACAAAAUAAAUUUGACCUGAGGCCUUUGAUGGAAGCAGUUGAUACAGUGAAACAGAAAAUUACCCUGCUAGAAAACAAUGAUCAAAGAUUAGCUGUUUUAGAAGAGGAAACUAACAAACAUGAUACCCACAUUAAUAUUCAUAAAGCACAGCUGAAUAAAAAUGAAGAGCGAUUUAAACUGCUGGAGGGUACUUGCUAUAAUGGAAAGCUCAUUUGGAAGGUGACAGAUUACAAGAUGAAGAAGAGGGAGGCAGUGGAUGGGCACACAGUGUCCAUCUUCAGCCAGUCCUUCUACACCGGCCGCUGUGGCUACCGGCUCUGUGCUAGAGCAUACCUGAAUGGGGAUGGGUCAGGGAAGGGGACACACCUGUCCCUAUACUUUGUGGUCAUGCGAGGAGAGUUUGACUCACUGUUGCAGUGGCCAUUCAGGCAGAGGGUGACACUGAUGCUUCUGGACCAGAGUGGCAAAAAGAACAUUAUGGAGACCUUCAAGCCUGACCCCAAUAGCAGCAGCUUUAAAAGACCUGAUGGGGAGAUGAACAUUGCCUCUGGCUGUCCCCGCUUUGUGGCUCAUUCUGUUUUGGAGAAUGCCAAGAACGCCUACAUUAAAGAUGACACUCUGUUCUUGAAAGUGGCCGUGGACUUAACUGACCUGGAGGAUCUCUAAUCACUGUUUAUGGGGUGAUAAGAGGACUUUUUGGGGCCAGAACCGUGGAGUAGAGCACAUUUGAUUAUCAUAUUGACCUGGAUUUAGACUCAAAGCACAUUUGUAUUUGCCUUUUUCCUUAACGUUUGAAGUCAGUUUAAAACUUCUGAAGUGC